UUCACGACCCUUUUAUAUAUCAAAUCAGAAAAUAAAUCAAGAAAAGGAAAGAGUAGCAGAAGCUAGCUGCAGUGGGAGAGAGGGGAAAGUAAUUGAAGAUGAAGAUUUGGUGUAAUGUGUGCGAUAAAGAAGAAGUGACUCUCUUCUGCUCUGCUGAUGAAGCUGUUCUUUGUGAGGGUUGUGAUCGUCGAGUUCACCAGGCAAACAAGCUAGCCAGCAAACACUCUCGUUUCUAUCUUCUCCACCCUUCCUUCAAAGAAUCCUUACUUUGUGAUAUCUGUCAGGAGAGACGUGCAUUUCUUUUUUGUCAAGCAGAUAGAGCAAUUCUUUGUAGAGAAUGUGACCUUCCACUUCACGGAGACAAUGAACAUACCCAGAAACAUAACAGGUUUCUUCUCACUGGUAUUAAGCUCUCUUCUUCUUCUUCUUCCCCUUCUUUAAACCCAACUUCAACCUCCUCUAAUGGCUAUGGUGCUGCUAUUGACUCUGAGAGAUUCCGUUCAGUUUCUAAUAAUGAAAUCUUCAGCUCUCCUUCAAUUGAUAAACCAUUGCCUUCAUCAACUUACACCAGUGACACUGCUUCAAUUUCAACAAGCAGUAUAACAGAAUACUUGACGGAAACAUUAGCAGGUUGGCGCGUGGACGAUUUUCCUUCAUCUGCUGCCAUUAAUGGUUUCUGUAAGGUUUACAUCUAGAAUUAUUAAGAUUUAAGAAAGGUUUUUGGUGGGUGUGACUCUUUUUUAUGUUUGUUGAUGGGAUUGGUUUCAUGCAGACUUUUAAGCAAUUAUUACCAGUGAAGGGAUGAGAUGUUGAGAACAAUACGAGUUUUCUCGUCCUCAAUCCUCUCAGCUUUUUCUUUUUAUUUCUCGAAAUGAUUUGGUAGAUAAUUCAAGAAGUUCAGAGGCAAAUGUCUCGAUUUUUGGCCGUGGAUGGAACGACAAUGAAGGUUUUUUUAGUUCCUCAAAUCAGCUCUUCCUCACGAAAUCCAGACAAUUUUGGUA